AUGGCCUCUUCAAGUAUGCCAUAUUCCCUCCCAGCCGGGUUCUCCCCCGCGACAGUGUCUCUCCCCUCCCAGCAAACGGUGAUCGCUCAGGACGAGACGGGCAAGGCGACCAUCUACCAUGAUGCACCACUCCCAACCCCCGAGCCGCACAUGGUGCUGGUCAAGACCGUCGCCGUCUCCAUCAAUCCCUGCGACUGGAAGAUGCCCUCGCGCUUUCCCUCUCCCGGAGCCCGCAUCGGCUGCGACUUUGCCGGCACCGUGCUCUCCAUCGGUCCUGAAGCCGCUCGCAUCCGACCAGACCUUCGCAUCGGGGACCGCGUGUGCGGUGGCAUCCACGGUUCGAAUCCGAUUGAUCUACCCUCAGGCAGUUUUUCGCAGUAUGUGGCAGCCCAUGCAGACCUGCUCUUGAAGCUACCCAGCAAGAUCUCCUUCGCACAGGGCGCCGUUCUCGGAGGUAGCGUCUUCGCCACUCUGUGGAUUGCUCUCUACGAAUCUCUUGGUCUGGAAGGGACACCCGAUGCGCCUCUACGAGAUGAUCCACCCCCCGUGUUGGUCUACGGGGGGAGUACUUCCACCGGAACAGCAGCUCUCCAGAUUCUGCGCCUCGCAGGCUAUCGCCCCAUUGCGACCUGCUCCCCCCACAACAACGAGCUGGUGCGAGCGGCGGGCGCGGAGAAGAUCUUCAACUACCGAUCGGAGACCUGUGCGGCUGACAUCAAGAAUUACACCAGUGGCCGCCUUCGCCACGUGCUGGACAUCAUCACCGAUCUUCAAUCCCAGUUGAUCUGCUACGACACCUUCAGUCGCGUGGGGGGAAAGUACACUUGCUUGGAGCAGCCCGCCGAGGAAUUGCAUCUCCGACGUACCGUUCGCAAAGAGAUGAUUGUGGGGCUGGCUGCCAGUGGGAAGGAGAUUGCCCUGGCCGAUGGCUACGAGCGCUCCGCCAACCCUCAACUGCGCGCUGACAGUGGCAAGUUUUUCCAGACCAUUCAGCGACUUGUAGACGAGGGCAAAUUUGUUCCUCAUCCCGCCAGGACGGUUGAAGGAGGAUUCGAAGGGAUUUUGAAAGCGCUGGAGAUUCUGAAGUCCGGAGGGACGUCCGGGGAGAAACUGGUGGUGUUCCUCGAUGGAGGAUAUCUCUGA